CUGUGACCCAGAUCCUAGGCAGCAGGCAGACUGGGAGGUGGAGUGGGUCAUGUACAAUUCAUUCUCAGGCUCUGUUCCUUGAACCUACACUGGGUACAAGGACUGGUCCCUAGACUUAAGGCUGGAGAGAAUACCAGUAUUUACUUCUAGUUAAGUUUUAUUUUUAUGGUUUUGUGAAAACAACACACAUCAAUGUGGUCUCACAGUUAGUCCAGUGCCAUGUAAACAGGUGGUGUCAGCAGCACGAAGAGAGAGGGAUUAAGGAAGGCUUCAGAAUAGAUUCCUGCCAUGAUUUUAGAAGGUAUAACAGCAAGAACACAAGUCUGGAUGCGGCUGGGGGGUGGUGGCGCACGCCUUUAAUCCCAGCACUUGGGAGGCAGAGGCAGGCGGAUCUCUGUGAGUUCUAGGCCAGCCUGGUCUACAGAGUGAGUUCCAGAACAGCCAAGACUGUUACACAGAGAAACCCUGCCUCAGAAGAUGGCAAGAUACAUCUGCAUCACCCACAAUGGCAAGCCAAGGGUACAUAUGUACCUGUACAUGUAUGUAUGUGACGUUGCCCACAGAGGCUGUAAGAGGGCAUCAAACCCCCUGGAGCCCUGGUUCCAAGUGGUUGUGAGCCAUCCAGUGUGCUGGCAACAGAAUUCUGGUCCUGGAAUGGAACAGGCACUGUUAACCAUUUAGUAAGCAUGCGGGGUUCAGAGGACUUGUGGAAGUCAGUUUUCUCCUUCUACCACGUGCAUCCUGGGGGAUCAAACUCAGGGUGUCAUGCUUGGUGGCAUGUGUCUGCUGAGCCAUUCUUGCCAGUUCACGGCCAGCCAGCUGUGAAUGCCAUGCUGAAUCCUUGACUACAUGGUGAGCUCUAUUGCUUUCGGAACUUUCUGUCAAAAUGGCCUAGGUGAGGCUGUCGUGGCUCCCCAUCUUGACCACUUCACCUUUGUCUUCACAGAUACAGCCCUGAAGGGGCAGGGUAGGGACAGGGAAAGAGUGUGGGCUGGAGUUGAAGGAGCCCUGGCCCCCAAUACCUCCUCAUUUCCCCCUGAGCCUCCUGGGGCCUCAAGCAACAUCAUUCCUGUCUACUGUGCCCUCCUAGCUACUGUGGUCCUUGGUUUGCUUGCCUAUGUGGCCUUCAAAUGUUGGCGCUCACAUAAGCAAAGACAACAGUUGGCCAAAGCUCGGACUGUAGAACUUGGGGACCCUGACAGGGACCAUCGGCAUGGUGACAGCAGUAUCUUCGUGGACUCUCCUCAUUGUCUGGAGCCCUGUAUCCCCAGCCAGGGACCAAAUCCUGACCCUGGUUGCCGACUUUACCUGCGUAUUUCCCAGCAGCAGCAGCAGGAGGUUGAGCGGCUCUUGAUGUUGGGUGAACCUGCCAAUGGGUGGCAGGGGCUGGCAAGCCAGCUGGGCUACCAAGCUGAGGUUGUGGAAACCAUGGCCCGUGACCAGGUGCCAGCCUGUACCCUGCUAAGGGACUGGGCUGUCCAAGAAGGAAGCAGAGCCACCCUCAGAGUACUACAGGAUGCCCUGGCUGCCAUAGGCCGUGAAGAUGUGGUCCAGGUUUUGAGCUCAUCAGCCGAGGGCUGCUCUGUGGUGUGAGUGACAUCCCCCAGUGCUUCCCGCACUGGCACUCCUUACCAUUCUUACCACCUCAGGUCCCCUCCUUGGACUUCUGGCUUCAGCCACUUCAUGUCCCUUCACCCUCCUCUCCAAGAUAGGAAGCAGAGUUUGGGGGAUGGGUAAGAGUAGGGCAUGGCUCUGCCAACAGACCCCUGUUCUGCCUCCCUUUAUUUAGCUCCAGCUAUUUUUUUAAACCACUCAUUAAAGGCAACUUUGACUUGUG